CGGUGUCUUGCCCGUCAGUCGUUAUUGGGCCACCCUCAUUCACCCAUUUUUUUAAUUUAGUGUAGUGUGUGACUAGAAAAAUGUGUUCGUUUCUUCGGAUACCCUUAACGAUAGGCAUCUGUGCUAUGGUCGUCUCCGGACACGUUCAUGGACCUAGGAGAUCUCGGAUGGAUGAUGAUUUCGCACAGAAUGAAAUCGACAGUGGCAGAGCAGAUGAAACCUCCUGGUGGCCCUCGGCUGAGUUCGCAGUAUUACAAAAAGUAUAUGACGAUUGCAGUGCGCAAAAACACAUAACUGCAUGUUUAAAGGGCAAGGCGCUUAAUGCUCUGACGAGAGCCGUGGAACAGGAAAGCGUUCAGCUUGCUGACGGCUUGACGUUGGUGAAACAGGCUGAUGCCCCGAGCGCUGUGGCUGAGCCUCGCUUCUUUCCUGGGAUGACCUCUGAAGAAAAACUCGAUACCAAGCUACGAGCAAAGUUUGAGCAACUCUUAAAUACUCACACUGUCUCUAUGGAUUUGAUGUCUGAAGGCAGAGGUAGAGGAAAAAAGGUCCUGCCCUACCUGUUGCUCGGUAUUUUCACAACCGUGAGCAUAGUAGGAGGUAUGGCUCUGAAGACCUUGGCUGCCAUCGCUGGCAAAGCACUAAUCGCCAGUAAGGUGGCAUUAACGAUCGCUGGUAUUAUCGCUCUAAAGAAACUCUUCAGUCACGAUGGAGCAACUGGAGAAACGACUUUCCAAGUUCACGCCGAUGGACAUCAUAGGCGAAAUCUUUAUGUGGUGAGGCCGGCACGCAUUAGCGAGAAUGAUCCUUACCGGUUCUACGCUGACAAGAUCCCAACGAAUCCCGAAGAGCAGUCAAAUUGAGCUCCUCACUACUUCGCUCAAUCUUAUCUAUAGACCAUACAAAAUCUUCAAACCAAAGUACCGUCCAUGAUAUUCUGAUCCUGGGCACUAAUUUAUUCCGUGGUCCAAGUCUACGUUCUACGUCAGUAUAAGUAAUUUAUUCUAAUUUAUUUAUUUGUGACUACGGUUUAGGUAAAUUUAAUGUAAAAUAAUUUAUAAAUAAAUGUAAGACCAAAUAAAAGGGAAACUGUA